AUGCCGUUAACGGAAUAUGUGGCGUCAUUAUCUCAAAAUCCCUAUUUUGGGGCCGGAUUUGGACUCUUUGGUGUGGGUGCCGGUGCAGCGAUUUUACGUAAAGGUUUUCAGACUUCUAUGAUGUUAUUUAGAAGACACUGUAUGAUAACACUAGAAGUUCCAUGUAGGGAUAAAUCUUAUCAGUGGUUGUUGCAAUGGAUUACUCUAAAAGGCGCCAAACAAACCCAGCAUUUGAGUGUAGAGACGUCAUUUCUCCAGAAGGAUACAGGACAAAUAAAAACAAAAUAUGACUUUAUACCUAGUGUCGGACAACAUUUCUUUAGAUACCAAGGUGCCUGGAUAAAAGUUGAUCGUGUAAGAGAACAACAAACUCUUGAUCUUCAUAUGGGAGUUCCAUGGGAGACUGUCACAUUAACAUCCUUUGGGAGAAAUAAGCAACUAUACUAUGAUAUUCUUGAAGAAGCUAGAACUAUGGCUCUCAAACAGCAUGAAGGUAUGACUGUGAUGUACACAGCAAUGGGAUCAGAUUGGAGACCUUUUGGUCAUCCAAGGCGAAGGCGACCAAUACAAAGUGUUAUUUUACGAAGUGGCUUAGCAGAUAAGAUAGUUGCAGACUGCUUAGAUUUUAUUGAUAAUCCAAACUGGUAUACUGAUAGAGGGAUUCCUUAUAGACGAGGCUAUCUGCUCUAUGGUCCACCUGGUUGUGGUAAAUCUUCAUUUAUAAUGGCAUUAGCUGGUGCUCUAGAAUAUAAUAUAUGUGUUUUGAAUCUCUCCGAAAGGGGCUUAACAGAUGAUAGAUUGAAUCAUUUAUUGAGUGUGGCACCACAGCAAUCAAUAAUCCUUCUAGAAGAUGUCGAUGCAGCAUUUAUUUCUCGAGAAGAAUCAGCACAGCAGAAGGCAGCGUAUGAGGGUCUCAAUCGAGUGACAUUUAGUGGAUUGCUCAACUGUCUGGAUGGAGUUGCAUCCACGGAGGCCCGAAUUGUGUUUAUGACCACAAAUUACUUGGAGAGGUUAGAUCCAGCUCUAAUAAGACCCGGUCGUGUAGACGUAAAGGAAUUCGUGGGCCAUUGUGACGAAACGCAAGUGGAGCUUAUGUUUUUGAGGUUUUAUAAAGAUGCUGACCACGCCAGGACGUUUGCCAAAAAAGUAAUGGAGAAAAAAAAGAAUGUGAGCCCAGCUCAAAUACAAGGCUACUUCAUGUUCCACAAACAUUCAUCGCCUCUAGAGGUUCUGGAUAAUGUGGAGGCAAUAUGGACUCUUGGAUAG